AUGCCCCCCAAAAAAGAGAUCCAAGCAGCCGAACUGGGGAUCAACCUCUCGUCCAGAACUGAAACAGAAUACUUCAAAUGGUUCCUCGCAUGUCUGCUAUUUGGCAAGCCGGUCCAGCAAGCCGUCGCCAAGCGAGCUUUCCUUGAGCUCAUCCAGGAGGGCAUCACUUCGCCGGAUACUAUCCUAGACGCAGGAUGGGAUCGACUAGUCGAGAUACUGGAUGAGGGUCAUUAUGUCCGGUAUGACUUUUCGACUGCGACGAAGUUGCUUGAUGUGUCGCGUGCGAUUAAGGAAGAAUAUGGUACAUUUGGGGAGAUGUUGAGACGGUUCGGGACUGAGGAAUUGGGGGUGCGGAUGCAGGAGUUUCGGGGGGUCGGGCCGAAGACGCGAAGAGAGCUCAUCGAUCUACAAUAUGAGAUCGAAACUGCUCGUGAGCAAAUCAAGAAAAAGGAGCAACGGAUAUCACUUCUACAAAAAGAACUCAGCGACCGUGCGAAUCCUCCCUCCCAGCCUGUCUCGCGAGACUCUACAAUAGAACCAGAUUAUGAAUUCAUCGGGAAGAAUAUCGUCAAGAAGACCACUGAACGCUUCCCUCAGACUUUUGAGGGCAGUGAUAAGAACGCCAAGCUUGGUAUCUACGGGGAUACUUAG